UUCCGCGCACGCGAUUGGUCCCGGAUCGAUGCGCGUCCACGGCGCGGCGAGGGUGCGCGCCUGCUUGCUUGCCUGCUUGCUUGCUCGGCAGCAUAGCGGGGAGGAAGAAGCGCGGCGAGUGUCGGCGAGCAAAAGAGCGAGACGGGGAGCGAAUCGCCCGCCGAAUGUCCGCCUCCCGGAGCCACCGAUGAGCCCGCCUCGCCUUCCUCGGCGCGCCGCUUGACAACGCUCGAGGCCGGCUGGAUCCACGGCGUCCGCGCACGUCCCGAUCCACGGGUCCCACCAGCCUUGGUGGUGGUGUGUGGGGGGGUGGCUGCGCUUUUUUUUCAGGAGCACCCGACGUUUCCUGCGGAAGAGCGGCUUAUACUGGACCAUGGCGCAGACCAACAGCGGCGGGCAGGGGACCAACGGGGUAGCGGACGAGUCCCCCAACAUGAUCGUUUACAGGAAGAUGGAGGAAGUCAUAGCCCGCAUGCAGGAGGAGAAAAACGGCAUCCCCAUCCGAACAGUCAAAAGUUUCCUCACCAAGAUCCCCAGCGUUUUUUCAGGUUCCGAGAUUGUACAGUGGAUGAUCAAGAAUCUAGACAUCGAAGACCAAGUUGAGGCUCUUCACCUCGGAACGCUGAUGGCCGCGCACGGUUACUUCUUCCCCAUCUCGGAUCACGUCCUCACCCUGAAAGAUGACGGCACUUUCUACAGGUUUCAGACGCCGUACUUUUGGCCAUCGAACUGCUGGGAACCGGAAAACACAGACUAUGCCGUUUACCUCUGCAAAAGAACAAUGCAAAACAAAGCACGUCUGGAGCUUGCAGACUACGAAGCGGAGAGCUUAGCAAGGCUACAGCGAGCUUUCGCCAGGAAAUGGGAGUUCAUUUUUAUGCAAGCAGAAGCACAAGCAAAAGUGGAUAAAAAAAGGGACAAAAUCGAGAGGAAAAUUCUCGACAGUCAGGAAAGAGCCUUUUGGGACGUGCAUAGACCGGUGCCUGGAUGUGUGAAUACAACAGAGGUCGACAUUAAGAAGUCCUCUAGAAUGAAAAAUCCCCACAAAACCCGAAAGUCGGUGUACGGGCUGCAGAACGACAUCCGCGCGCACAGCCCCACCCACGCUCCGCCCCCGGAGGCCAAGCAGCCGACGGAAGAGGAGCUGCAGGAGCAGAUCACGUUUUGGCAAUUCCAAUUAGAUCGGCAUCGGCUGAAAAUGUCCAAAGUGGCGGAGAGUUUGUUGGGCUACACGGAGCAGUACAUCGAAUACGACCCCUUCCUCACGCCCCCGGACCCCUCCAACCCCUGGAUCUCAGAUGACGCCACGCUGUGGGAGCUGGAAGCCAGUAAGGAGCCCGGCCAGCAGAGGGUGAAGAGAUGGGCUUUCGGCAUCAACGAGGUUCUCAAAGAUCCGGUGGGGAGGGAACAGUUCCUCAAGUUCCUCGAGUCUGAGUUCAGCUCGGAGAAUCUCAGGUUCUGGCUAGCGGUCCAGGAACUCAAGAAACGCCCAAUCCGAGAAGUCCCAACUCGGGUUCAGGAGAUCUGGCAGGAGUUUUUGGCGCCGGGCGCACCCAGCGCCAUUAACGUGGAUUCCAAGAGCUACGACAAAACCACUCAGAAUGUCAAAGACCCGGGUCGCUACGCCUUUGAAGACGCACAGGAGCACAUCUACAAGUUGAUGAAGAGUGAUUCCUACAGCCGCUUCAUUCGGUCCAGUGCCUACCAGGAGUUAUUGCAGGCCAAGAAGAAGAAGAGCAAGAACCUCUUCUGAAAGCAUUUUCUCCCCCCAGGGGAGGACCGCCAGGAUCCAAGCGACGGACCAGUCGUGUGCCAUCAUGCUUAAACAAAAAGAAUGAAAAAAAAAAUCAAUGCCAUCUCUCUCCCUCCCUGGGACAUGGAGAGCAGCCAUGUCAUCUCUCCAUCAUCGUCGUCGUCGUCGUCUCUCGGCCCAGCCCGGGCGACGAGCGAGCCAGGACCGAUCCGUUUGUCUGUCGUCCUCCAGCCGUUGCAGCGGAACGCUCCUCCCGUUCUCUCCUCCUCUUACGGUCACUGACAUUAGAAAGGAAAAAGAAAAACAAGAGGUAUCGCGGGACUGGAGAGAACAUUGACAAACUUAGUGAGAUGCAAAAAAAUAAAAAAAUAAAACAAAGUUAUAAAAAUAAAAUAGGCCAAAUCCGGUUUUGUUCCGGCGCUUUCAAUCCUGCCUGCUGGAUCGGAUGACUUCCUUUUUCACUUCCGGCGAAAACGAAUGAUGUCAGAGCGAGGAAAAAGUGAAAAUAAAGUAAAAUUAACACACAUUGAAAAUAAUAAUUUCAAAUGAUAAAUCCAGCCAAUGUCUUUGCUUCACGUGACGAUGAUGUCAGAGAGACUUUGUCACGCUAUGGGGAAAUUGUUGUGCAGAAUGAAUAUAUAAUAUAUAUCUAAACACACACACACACACACACCUAUAUUACUAUGAUUGUUUAUUGUGAAUUUAUUUAUUCUUUGCAUUCUUUUAUUGCACUCCAAUAAUCGGCACAUAAUUGGUUUCCACUGCACUUGUAAAAGUUUACAUCCAAAACUAGGGGAGGAUACUUUGUCUGCUGUCUUGUGUAAAACAUAACUACAUUUUUCUUCCCCCCCUCUGCGUUUAUUUUUAUACCAUAUUUAAAGACACUUUGACUUACUUGUAUGAUUAAAGUUGGCCCUCUGUCUGUU